CACAUGAUGUACGUCUUUACCGCCUUUGCUUGCUUAGUAACGCGGCCUUAGGAUCUACGAAAACUGAUAAGUGAGUGAUUAGACAUCUGUUUACGCAUUUUGAUUGUGUAACAAGCGGAUCUUUGGGCCUCUCUAACGAUUUCAGUCCACUCUCAUCAACCAUUUCAAUCGUCACCGGCAUUGCUGCUUUCCGAACUCCUCUUCUCCAGCUCGGCGAGUGUUACAUUGUUCACAAGACACAGAAUCAUUCGCCCUCGUGGUUCUGCAGUGUCAACCCUAGUUGGCGGCUUCUGCGAUUUUUGGGAGCACAGAAUACCUACAUUGCGAUGGGGACUGCAGCUAGUCGUGAAGGGCGCUUAGAAUCGGACUCUGAGGAUGACGGACUUGACUCCCCUCAGAGCCCAUCAUCCGAGAGAAAUUUUCAUGAUUCUGAAGCGGGAACUCCAACUCCUGCUCCACGAGAGGGAUCCACAGGUUUCUCAACUCCUGACGCUACUAUUUCUCUCAGGAUGGGUUCACUCACCCUAGACGGGGCGAUGCCUUUGUCUGGUUUGAUGAAGGCCAAGCUGUAUAAAUAUAUACAAGGGAAAUGGCUUGCUACUGCGAAGAAUGUGGGUUGGCGAUUUGUCAAAGAAGAGGAUGGUGAUGAGGACAAUGAAGAAGACGAACAGUGGAGAAACUCUACCGUUGGUCUCAAGAAUUUCACAUUUUGGAUGUUUGAAGUGGGUGGUGUUAGAGCUAGAGUCGACGAUCUGCUGCAGAUGCAGUUUUACGAAGACCAAAGGCGAGUGGAUUUUGUGGCUAAAGGCGUGUGGGCAUUAAAGUUUCCCAACGAAGAACAGUAUCGAGCCUGUGCUAUGGAGUAUGAAGAUGCUAAGUUUGAGAAUACAUACUUCUUGAAACCAACUGAAGCGAAUAAGGUUAAGAUCUUUGGAAAAGACUUCUUGGGCUGGGCUUCUGGCAAGGAGGAGGACGCCUCUGUUUGGAUGGAUGCCGAGGAUGUGAUACCAACACCUAGCAAAAUAAAGGAGCUCAGAGAAACGCUUAAGACACCUUCGAAAACAAAUAUUCAAAGCUUAGCGAUAGGUGGCAUGGAUCACAGUUUUCUGGUGAACGAUUAUGGACUAGAUGUGCUGGCUAACCGAUCAACUGGUCUGGAAGGUACAGGGCUGACAAUCCGAUUCCAGGAUGGAGGAAGACCUGGUAUGGGUAGCUCUGUGUUCCGAACCCCGAAGAAAGGGAUGCUCAUCAGAGGAGAGAGCAACAUGAUGCUGAUUAGUCCAGCUAAGGACGGGAAAUCUAUUGCUGGCGGUGUUAGCCAGCUUGAUAUCGGAACAGGGAAGAUGGUUGCAGAGUGGAAGUUUGAAAAGGAUGGUACUCCCAUCACUAUGAGGGAUGUCACCAAUGACAGUAAAGGUGCACAAUUGUAUAGCAAUGGUUCUACUUUUCUUGGCCUGGAUGAUAACAGACUGUGCAGGUGGGAUAUGAGGGAUUCUCACGGAAUUGUUCAGCAGCUUGCCAGCCCUGCGGCUCUGACUUGGACGGAAGGCCAUCAGUUCACAAGAGGUACAAAUUUUAGCUGCUUUGCAACAGCCGGAGAUGGCAGCGUGGUUGUUGGAUCUAAAGAUGGCAAAGUGAGACUGUACGGCACCACCAGCAUGAGAAUGGCAAAGACUGCCUUUCCUGGUUUAGGGUCUCCGAUUACUCAUGUAGAUGUCACAUACGAUGGGAAAUGGGUGUUAGCCACCACAGACACGUACUUGAUUCUCAUCAGUACAGUUUUCAAAGACAAGGAUGGAAGGAUGAAGACUGGAUUUUCUGGUCGUAUGGGAGGUAAGAUUGGCGCACCAAGGUUAUUGAAGCUCCGGGCUUUUGAUGCACAUCGGGAUGGCAAACAACAGAAGUUUCACGGUGGCAAAUUUUCUUGGGUCACAGAGGAGGGUAAGCAAGAGCGAUAUUUGGUGGUUUCAGCAGGAACUUUCACUGUUGUCUGGAACUUCGACAUUGUGAAGGACAGCACCCAUGACUGUUACAGGCAACAAGCAGGUUUGAAGAGUUGUUAUUGCUACGAGGUUGUUGAAAAACCAGAUUCCAUUGUGCAGAGCACGUUCAUGCACGAGAAGUUCCUUGACGAUUCAGGAGAAGCUCCUCUGGUUGUCGCUACUCGACAGGAAUUGAGCUCAUUCAACAUUUGAUCUGUGGGCAGGAUCUGAUGGCAUUCAACUCAUUUACAAAACCCCACUGACUAUCUCAAAUUGCAAUUCAAAUAACUAUUUUUCUUCGUGAUCAAGUACCACUUCGAAUGCCAAGGGUUGGUGGGUAAUUCACACCAGACCCUGAUGCGUAGUGUAAAUGCGUCAGUCAAGCUCCACUGGGGAUCUGUGUGAAAUUAUCAAGCUUUUCUUUUUCAAUUUUUAAGGUUGAUCAGGGCACUACGUCAUGAGUUACUCAUGUCUUUGAAAACUGUCCAUUACUUGUAUCAUUAUGUUUUGAUUGUAUAUGGACUUUCGUUUUUUGAAA